AUCGCCGCGACGUAUCGAUCCCGACGCUCGCGAGAUAUCGUGCGAAUUACAAACGUAACGCCACUUGUAUCAUAAAUACAUCAUGAUUUCGGCCCCGAUGUCUCCGAGCACCGCGCGUUCCCGUGGUGCGCCUAGCAGUUUCACGGGGAACAUGGACUCUUCCGCGUUCCCGUGAGUGAGUCUCCGUGCCCCGCACCCGGUGCGUCGUCGCGACCGCGUCCGCCCGCCCUCGUGUCCACCGUCGCGUGUGCCACCGUCCGCUGUUACCUAAACUGCGUCGCGUUGCGAUCCACCGUGGGCGACCGACCGACCGACCGACGGAAUACGGACAGAUCCGGUGGUGCACAGCCUCGAUCGCAGGCCAAUUUGGCGACCAACGAACAGACGCACCUCGUUGAGUUUCCGAGACCCGUCCAGCAGAAUGUUCUCCAAACGGCCGAGACGGUCGAUCGUUCCGGUAAGCGGCACGCAAAGUGAUCUCCGCCCGGAGUACGUCUAGAGAAGAUUGAAUUACCGAAGGUAUACACCGUGCGUCAUCCGGAUCGGUCCUCGAGACACCCGCGAGAAUGGACGACCUGCUGAAGGAGCUGGAGGCCCUGAAAAUCAGGGGCGAUUUCUGCGAGGACAAUUCCCUGUGGGUACCGUGCGUAGACCUGAUUCAGAGGAGUCUCGCGCCGCAGAGAACGGCCGGGGCGGAGCGUCCGUGCGAGGAGAGGGACUACCGAGAGUACAGGCUCGUCGUGGAGAGGAACCUGCGCAAUGUCAGGUCUAUGCUGCAGCACAUCUCCGACGGCUGCAGAGAGAGGCACCUCCGGCUGAGCAACGCCACGGGAAUAGUUAGAACGUUCGGCAUGAAUCUGCUGCUGCUCGUCGGAGAGCACAGCGGGAGGAAUGUUUGGAACACAGCCGAGUGCGUCUCCAUUUCCAAGGAACUGCUCGCCAGUUUCUGCGACCUGUACGCCUGCCAAAGCGUCUCCCAAUUCUUGUCGGAGAAUGAGAAUUUACGCGACUUGUUGCUGAUGUUGAGACCUAAAUUGCUGAAGGAUACCUGGAAAACCUAUCCGACCGCUGUAGCGUGUUACAGAUGGAUUUUGCAAGAGGCAGAAAAACCAAUUUUAUUUAACUACAUCGGAGAUGUUUUACCCACUGCCCUAAUUAUUCUCGAUGACUAUUUCCCUGAUAAUGUCCUAAUAGGCCUGGAAUGUAUUUACCAGAUUAUACAACACUCUUACAUGAAAAAAGGUCUGAUAGACUCUGGCUAUGCUAAACUGAUUUAUCACGCUUUGGAACUUUUGACACACCAGAAGGAAGCGAGAUACAUCAUUCCACUGUACACCUGCAUGGCCAGUCUUUUGGCUACUAUGGAACAUUGGGAUAACACUAUAAAUCUGUUUGAGUGGACGACACGUGAUGCGGUUCUCUCUACCCUGAUAGAGAACAUGGAAUUUGAGCAGAAUAUUGAAUUACGGCAUGUAUAUAUGUUGAGUUUACCUCAACUCAUUACAAAUAUAGGCUGUGCCAAAUGGUGCGGAGCGCUCGUUCGCAUACUUGCCGAAUACUGCGAACAUCACACGGAUUUAAGGACGUUGAAGGCGACAUUGGAGACGGCAAAGACGUUCCUCUUGAUGUUUCGCCUGCGAGUAGCCGCGCACUGUGCCCCGCUUUACACCAUAUUCUUGAAGUUGCAUUGCGACCUGACGGAGACGCCGGUGUUCGAUCGUGCGAUUAUGCAGAAUCUGGAAGAUUGCAUUUGCAUGUUGUAUCAGCUGUCGCCGGAUGUGGGCUGCACGGUAAUUAAUGACGACCGAAUGCGUUCGGUGCUCAACAGUAGAUUGCCGGUCGUAUGCCAGGGUGGUGAUAUCAAGUAUUUCGAAUAAUUUUACAAAAAAAAAAACCCGUGCGACACAGUCGCGUAUUUGUAUAUACGAUGAUGUAUUCUAUAUAAUGUGUGUGUGAAAAAUGCGCUGAUAGAAAUAUUAUAUUCUCGUGUAAACCUCUAUGUAUAGUGCAGAGAUAAAAGCGAAGCGCAAUAGGUACUUAGACAUUUUAUUUGUGAUGUAAAAACAUCAAUAUAUCAAUUAUUUGUAAAGUAAA